ACCUCAGAAGUACAUACAGUAUUCAGGGCUCCAGACUAACUUUUUUCACCAGGAGCACAGUGGCCCCCAACUGAAAAUUUUAAGCGGUAUGUUCAGAUAACAUUACAGUACAAAGCACAUAUAAUAAACAUAACGUCUUUACAGUUACUGUUUGAAAUUGAAAGUGGUUUUUAAACACCUCAUUAUUGCAUUUGGACCGAAUGCAAUGAUUGGAUAAACAUUUACUGCUUCUGAGACUUCCAAAGAAGAUUAAAAUUAUUUAAUAUUUAGACUACUUAAAUGAUCGUUCGCUAUCAGGAUGUGAGCAGACAUUCAGUAUGAUAAAAGAUUUUUAUGGAAAAUAUCCCCUACUCUAGAUUGACUUAACUAACAUUUCUAUCUCUUAUGAUGGAUCCAGCAUGUCUGGAUCUCAACACCAAUGCUGGUUGCUGAAAUAAAAAUUACCAAAUGAUAAUACCAGACUAAUGUUCAAUAUACAUCAUCGGUCAUGUUGAUGCAUGUUUCAUCUUCAGCCUGAUCACUUUAAGAGCCCCAACACAACAAUACAAAGAUUAAACUGGUCGCACAGGUGAAACUACUUUCACUUCCAAACCUGCCUUAGUCUUUUCAAACUGCUAAACAAAAUGGAUUUCUUUCUUGCCUUGCUCUCCUUUAAUUUAAGUGAUCUUUAUAUUUUUAAACUACUGAACAAAAUGGAUAUUUUGCUCGUUUUAUUCUGCUUUAAUGUAUUGUGCAUGAGGGGAGUGAAUGAGUUCAAGGACAAGAUGUCAGCAGUAUCAAAUAAUAGACAUUUCAUCGUCAUUCACAAUGAUGCUACUACAACAAAGCCAGACGAUCACAUACUGUGGAUGUCUGGAGCUGAAAACAUACACAAUCCUCAUGGUUAUGAAUGGAUAAUCUCUAAAAUUGACAGUCAUGUGAGAUUUAAAGAUAAGCAGAGUAGGUGGAACACAAUCUGGAACUACAGCAGCUAUGGUUGUGGAGAAAAAUCAAGGCCAGACAAGUUCGCAAGGUCAGCAUUUUCCUUGAGUACACUACCGGCUGAUACAGAUAUUCCACUGAAAGAAGGAGAUACUGUUACUUUUUAUACGGAUGUUGCUGAACUACAUGAAGGUGAUUUGAUAAAGUGGUGGAUUAAAAGUCAAGAAAUAGCUGAAGUCACUAAACAGAGUGUGACUAUAUAUGAUAACAAAAUCAAAGACAGAAUUGAAUUAGCCAAUCAGACUGGAUCUCUAACCAUCAAGAACAUCAGAAUCACAGACUCUGGAGAUUAUGAAUGCUACAUGAAAAAAGGGAACACAGAUCCAUCCAAGUGCUUUACUGUUACAGUCUAUGAUGCUUUACCCAUUCCUGACAUUAGCAGAGUCUCUUCAUCAUCAUCAGAAAGAUCUUCAAGCUCAAAAUGUGUGUUGUUGUGUUCAGUGUUGAAUGUGAGAGAUGUGAGUCUGUCCUGGUACAAAGGAAAAAACAGUUUAUUGUCCAGCAUCAGUGUGUCUGAUCUCAACAACAGAAACAUCUCUCUACCUCUGGAGGUUGAAUAUCAGGAUACAAACACAUACAGCUGUGUACUCAACAAUCCCAUCACAAACCAAACUCAACAUCUCAACAUCACAGAUCUCUGUCAACCUUUUCCAGGUAUGUUAAAAGGAUUAAUGUUUAGUUAGGCAUGUAAGUAGUGAUGUUAAAAGGGAUGUUAUACCAAAUAUCAUCAUUGCCAAUGAAAGCCUUAUUGCCAGUGUGAUGUUUUGUUUACUGAGGUAUUCUCAGGGGUUCCCACACCUUAGUUAACUUUAAAUUCAAGGACCUUUCAAGGACUUUCCAGGACUGUAAAAUUCAAGGACUAAUGUGGGGACACAUUUUAAGUAAGGGCAAAGUUACACCGUGUUACCUUUAAAGAUACAUUAUUACUGUUCCCUUUCGAGGGCACUCGCGCUGCGUCACGGCGGUGACACUUUGGGGAUGCCUCCAAGGGUAAGUGCGUCUGAAUGUGUAUAUCAAAUUCAACCAAUGGUGAGGCUUAACGACAAAGACAGGGUGACGCGGGAGCCAGGAAGUAUAUCGCU